AUGACCAAGAUCAUUCUCUCCACGGGCAAUGUCAUGUCCGGCGGCCCAUCCAUCAUUCGCAAAGGCGGCGGCAACUCCAAAUCGAACCAAGAGCUCGUCAACUCCCUCCGAGACAACUUCGUUUCCACGCGGCUAGACUAUGCGAUCGAUGCCUCGCCCGCCAACGGCUCCAACUCCUUGCCCUCACCCCCUCAGACGCCGGUGGAGGUGUGGACGGAGCUGGACGACAAGACUCUCUACAUUCCCAGAAUCAACUGGCAAGCGGCCGGUCUGCGCGAGGAGGCUAGCGACUACGAAAUCACCGUCAAGCUGUUCCUCCUCCCGGGCACGUCAGUUUCGGCGCGAGAGCAGUAUGCGCGCGAAGCGCUCGAUCUGGUUCGCAAGGAGCUCAACAUCCAGGCAAUCGACCUUCUCAUCGUCUCCUUCCCCGGAAUGUCGUUUGAGGGCACAUGCGAAAAGGAAGCCGAGCGCAUCAACGCCCAGCAGGGUGACCUAGAAGAGGAACUGGCGUCGUGGAAAGUCUUUGAAGACCUUCACAGCCAGGGGCUGGCCAAGCGACUCGGUGUUGCCGAGUUUGGGAGCGAAAAGCUUCGCGCCUUUAUCGAGCGCACGUCGAUCCACCCAACUGUCGACCAGGUCAACCUUCAGGACUGCUGCAACGUGCCCGCGCCCCUCCAGAGACUGGCCGAGGAAGAGGGCGUGGAGUUGAACGUCCAUACUGACUGCACUGAUAUCCUCCCUCGUGGCACGUUGCGAGAGCUGCUCGGCCACGGACCCCGGGGAGCUGGAGUGCUGGCAGAUGCUGCUCACGGCGGUGCCGGUCUGGAGGGCGAGCUCUCACCUCAAUGGGUUGUUCGAUAUGUGGCAUUUGUCAAGGAUCGCGGUGUCAUCGAGAACAAGGGCUACUUUGCAGGAGCUGAGCUUCAGUAA